GUACGAACAGAUGAAGGUGGAAUGGUUAAACGAUCAUUUUCAUCCUCAUCAACAACAACCGCACCAGAAAUGUUGAAAUCAGAUGACACUGAAAACUCAGAAUUUUCUAAGAACAGAUUGGAAGAAUCAUUUUCAACAUCCACAGCUUCAGAAGCAGUGUUAGAAAUGGAAAAAAAUGAUCAACCAGAAGAAAAAUUUGAAGAUUCAUUUUCAACUUCUACGGCUUCAGAAGCAUUGAUGGAAAUGAAAUAUAUUGAACAGAAUCAACUACAAAGAAAGGUCAAUUCAUCAUCCACUACUGAAGAUGAUCUCAGUUCUGCCAAAAAUGAGUCUCUAAACAAAAAAAGAUUAUUGAAAAUGAUACCAGAAAUAAAUGAACCAAAAUCAGGUUUGAGUCCAGCUGCCAACAAAUUUGUUCCACUAAGUAGCAGUUUUCAAGAUAUAUUUCAGAGGAAAGUGAGACAGGAAAUUCUUAGUGAUAUUGCUAUGAAAAGAAUGCAUUUACAAAGGAAAAGUGUUACCAAUAAGAAACCUUUGCAGAAAGCCGCAAUUCGAAAUGGAAUACAACCUCAGUUUGAGAAGAUUUCUCGGGGCAAAAAAACAAAACCUACAAGAUCUUUUCUUAAAAGGAAGGUGCUGCCUCAUACAAGAUCAAUGUCAGAAAAAAAGUCUGACUCUCAAUUGAAAGAAGUAAAACCUCUUCCAACUCAACCUUCACAAAUAUUUCUUUCACCAACACAUAAUCUAGUAAACGAUUUGCCCAAAACUAUACAAUCUUUGGAAAAAUCAUCAGUGGCCUCAAUGCUCUCACAAGGUACUCAUCAGACACACUUCAAUCCAUUGAAGCCUUCGCAGCAAAUACAAACAGUUCACAAUGGAACACAAAUCCAACAUCAUUUUGUAGAGAAACUAGUAGAACCUGAUCAAAGUUUAAGAUCUGAAUUGAUUUCUAAGGACAAAAGUCCAAAAGCUGCAUCAAUGCAUCAUCAGCACACUCCACUAGCAUCCACAAGAUCUCUACUUAUCUCCCAACUCAGCAAUAUAACUAAUGAUACCAAAACUACAGCUCAGUGCUUUGACAGUACUAAAGAACGCAAACUCAGUAAUUCGUCCACUGAUACUGCUAGUGAAACCAGCUAUUAUAUCAAUAAAAAGAAAAAUGUUUCGAGAAGUAUUACAGAAGAAAAUAAAAAGAGGUGUCGUACAUGUUUGAAUUCGAUCUACCAUCAGUCGGAGCGAGCAUAUAUAUCAAUGAUCUGUUUCGAAGGAAAAUCU